UUCAAGCGACAAUCGGGUAUCGAGAGCGCGCGUAUCGAUAGUGCAAUCGAUUCAUGUCGUCUCUUACAACAAGAGGCAGCGAUGGCGUGGGCAUCGCUACAGAGGAACAAGACGUUCAAAUACGGGGUCCCCAUGCUGAUCCUCAUCGUUGGGGGUUCGUUUGGCUUGAAGGAAUUCGCACAGAUUCGAUAUGACGCCUCCAAAAACAAAGGCAGGAUGGACCCGAAGUUGUUGGCCCAGCUGAAGGAGAAGGAGUCCGUGAGCCUGGAGAAGGAGUAUGAGAAGCUGAAGGAGGCAGAAACGGACGCGUGGGUCAACAUCCGUGGGCCGCGGCCGUGGGAGGACUCGAGGACGGUGCAGGACGCCCAGCGGAAGGAAAUCCAGAAGCAGCCGUGAGCUGGCGCGCACGGAGGAGGAGGAGGAGGGCGGAGGGAGAGUGGCCGCGUCGUUUCCCGCGACCGAUCCGCGCGCAGGGGCCGGAUUUUACGCGGGGGGCGAACAGGGGGGACGUGCCGUGCGUUCGUGGUAACAAAACUUUAGCGGGGGGGAGGGGGUGGACCCCACGAUAAAUGAACAAUGCUUGUUUGAUCAAGAAAGGUAGGUAUGUUUAUUCAUAUUAUCAUUUUAAUAUGAUAUGUAUAUAUACUUUAUGGCUUCCAUUAUAAAAUAAAAUAAACAAAAACGUGUGUUCUCUUGAAUCAGUCCGGGGGGAUAAAUUGGAAAUGCGCAAGCUGAAAAACGACGUGUGGCAAUGGUGAUGGUAGUGUGUGAAGCUGGGGGUAACAGACUGGGAGUAAGGAUAUGACUAUGAAAAUAAAUCUAAACUGGCUGUCUAGCAGUAAACUGCACGGCAGCUAAAGUUUUUAAUUGGUUAAUUACAUCCUUCCAAUGAUUGCUCAAUAAAAAAAUCCAUCACCUCGGUUGCGCGAUAUCUAGCGAAGACGUCAGCGACAACGAGACGAGUCCACUCCCAGAACCGGCAGCCCUGAGCUCCGGCUCUCAGCUGCUUUUAUUCCCCUCGGCGUGGCCUGGCUCCGCCCUGACCACGCCUCCCUUCUCGAACCCACGAGCGAGUUCCAGGGGCUUCCAGACGGGGUCUUCCAUGACCCUUGCCCCAGUUCCUCUGCCCUGCCGACACACCCGUCUAUAUGCUCACCAGCGUGUGUACUGUUUGUCCACCCCACUAUUACACGACAUCUGUUUUCCCCCUGGGGGCAAAGAUACCUGAAUCCUGCCCCAUUUGCUCGGUUUUGAAUCGCUUUGAACGAUUCGUCAUUUUGAGUUUUUGUCGUUGGUGUUGAUGCCCAGGUAGCUGAGGAUCCUCCGAACAGCAGGUCGCAUCUUCCCAUCAUCCAAGGGCACUACGGUAGCGAGAUGUUAACUACCUUGCCUGGUAUACAGCAGGCCGUGUGGGUUCGAUCCCGACCCUGACGCCUGCUGUAUAUUUGGAGUUUUUCUGUUCUCCACAUUUAGAACACACGUGUAGAGUAUUUGGCCGCUAUAAAUGUCCACGUGAUGAGCCACUUGGCUGAGCUGUCAUUUGUGACCACGUCGCUUCUGAAAAAGAGCUAUACAGCUCAGUGGGCCUUACCUGGUAAAAUAAGAAAAAGUUUAGUUUAAUAGUUUAGUUUAGAACGAAUUUCAGGCCAUCCUGGCAGGUUUUGUGAAAGUAACGAUUACAGCCGUGAGUCCAUCCGUUGCUUUUCAAAUGCCACGGUGAAGACAUAAAGAGUGCAACCUUAUCACGUGAAUGUGAAAUUAUAUUGUCAACUAAAAAACAGCGGUUGUCAAAAUGUGAAUUCAAGUGUGUUAGCUUCUGGAAUAUUCUGACGAGGGCCUUACCUGGUGGAAAAAAAAUGUGUUUAGUUUAUAGUUUAUCUUUGCGGAGAAGUCAACGCCACGAACGCGGAGGCUUUCGACCGGCAGAGGCGCCCCUGCCAUGUGACCUCACGACUUUUUCCUGCCUCUGCAGAGGGGAGCAACGCCGGUUCCAUUUGAUCUCCCCACGUGGUACUUUCAACAUUGCUACAAAUCCUGCCUCUAGCCAGUGGUUGGGUAAAGUGUGGGCACUGCCGACGUCUUCCUAAGACACUUGGGGCUCUGUCGAACGACUUCGAGGCGGGAAGGCCCUCUUGGCGGCGGUUGGGUUGAGCAAGGCAUUGCAGGGCUGCACCUUUUACUGGUUACCUUUAUUCAUGCUGAGAAGUAACCUAAGGGGCUUUACACUAACGUCCCCUUUCCGUGGCAUGGAAUCCCGUUCCAGGCUCUUUGUAACAUUUUCCUUUUUAAGGUUUUUUGUGUUUAACACGUAGGCUUGCGUGACCAAUAUCCAUAAUACAGGUUUUUUUGGGGGGUUAGAUCGCGUAAAUAUAUAAAUGUCUCGUUAAACCUGCCAACCCCCCCCCCCCCCCCCACUUCACGCAAGGAGAACACACAAGUGUCGUCAUCACAUCUACCCCUCUAUUUAAGGAACGAAGCAGGAGGAUUUCUCCACUACUCUGGCUGUCGCCUGAUGCAGCUUGUUGCAGUUACUGGCGAAACGUUGUACUCAGUUUGUGAAUGUUGUGGCUUUGCGCUCCAACACACCGGUUAGUGCAGUACUAGUGAGUCAUUGGCAUGUUCUGUUUACGUGACAACCCUUGCUAAUUGGCCGUGUCGGAUGGUGGCGGGUUUAACGACACAUUUAGAUAUUUACGCGAUCUAACCCAAAAAAAACUUUAUUAUGGAUGUUUUUUUUUAUUAGCGCAAGUCGGAGCAUUUUUCAUUUAAGGGCAUCUCUCUCCCCACCCCUCUCCCCCGGUCUUUUGUUUAAAUUUUCAACUUGACAAUUUCAGUUUGCGCUCACUUUGGCAUCUUCUUUUCACGGUGGCCGAUGUCACCAAAGUGUGGCGACGUUGCAGAGGAAGGCCGAAGCCUCCUCGUGUGAAGCGCAAAUUUUCAAAAAGCGAUCACUUUUAACACCUCGACGAAUCUCAAGAGUUCAGUUUAUUAUUUUAAAACAUUUUUUAAUUGCCAAACCUCUCAGAGAUUAUCGUCUCGAUGACGUUCUUUUUUUUAAAACUAAAAAUGUGAAAUAGUUGAAAUGAAAAAAAGAGUAGCAUUUCAAAUGUUACUUUUUUUGAAAAAAAGUAACUGAUAUAAAAAACGCAGUGUGUACUUAAAUGCCUAAAGGAAGGAUGACUUAUUAGCUUCAUCAAAUAUAAAUAGGUUGAUGUAAUUGGCAAAGGGAAGAGAAAAUAAGCAUUUAGUGUUGGUGCCGAUAUAUCACUAAGCCUUGAGGCUUGUCAGCCAAAAUGUUAACAUUUUCCAUCUGUGUAUCCCACAAUCUCAUUAAGGAAAAAAAACAUUUGUAUACGGUCUUAUAACAGCCUCGGGUCUGCUGUAGCACAGAAAUAUCUCGUAUUAUUUUCCACGCCACUAAUUCCUGUAGUUAGGGUGAAAUAUCGUUCUCAACUGUUAUGCGUAACAAUGCGGUCGCCGUUAUUGUUGUAACAAUCACUUAUGCCUCCUUAAUUGCGUGUUGGAAAGUACGUAAUGAAAUCGGUAACUUUGGCUCCAAGGAAUAAUUGUUAUUAAGGUGAUGGGUUGAGUGUUAGGACUUAACAAAUUUUCCGAUGGAAUAAUUGGGUAUUCAAGUCGGGAGGUAAUUUAUCCCUGUGGUCAUGUGCGUGAUAUUUUGAGGUUAUUUUUUUAAUUUACUGUUGUUGACUUGUGAAUAUGUAUAAUGAUGACUUGUGACUGAUCGCAUAAGCCAAGCAGUUCAAAGCACACUGCUAAUAUUGGAACAAGCAAGCUGUACAAUACUUUAAUGACGCAAAUGUCGAUCUCUGCAGGUUUAAAAAAUGCUUACGUCCCAUUAGUGCGUGAGUUUUUCUACCCACGGUUUUUCAGCAGUAUUUCUUUAAGCAGGCAUUCAAAAGAUGGAUCGGUUUUGAUUUCCAGAAGCUCAUCACCAGUCUGUCUAAUGGAUCUUAGUAACACUGCAUGAUGUGCAUGUACAGCCGCUGUGUCAAUAAACCGAUGGAUUGAGCCUUCCCCACGCAG